AAACAGCAUCCGACCCACCUGACAAUGUCGCGGUUCAUGUCCGGCCAGCAGUAGCGUGACUUGACCAGGCGGAGUGUUGUGCCGCGGCCGCCGUGAGCUUGGCCGUGCAAGACGUUAAAGACGUUUCGUCGGAGCCCUACUGGAACGUACAGGCGUGCGUUGCCUGUUGAAAAAUCAGAGAAGAUGACACCGUCUUUCGUGUCGCGGGGUUGGAGCUGCAGGGCGCAUUUUUCGGAACCGGACAAUAUGUUCUGGAGCUGUUGAUCCGUCGCUUGUUGUUUUGCCCACUGCGCGAGGUCGGACAGUCCUUCGAGCACUUCUGUGAUUUCCAGCUGUGAUAGAGCGUCCGGCACGAUGUUCUUCUCGCCCCCGAUGUGUUCGAUCGCACAAAUAUAUUGCGCUAGGAACGCGAAAUAUGACGUACUUGUCGGUCGCUACACUUAUCGGACUUUUGUGUGAACAUGUACAGCAGUGGCUUGUGGUCAGUCCGCAAGGUCGUCAUGCGUCCUUCGACAGCGUGCAGGAAAUGACGAGUGGCCGAAAACGCGGCGAGAAGCUCACGGUCGUACGCACUGUAUCUGGUCUCGGUUUCGGUCAGUUUUCGUGAGAAAAAUCCCAAAGGCCGCCACAUACCACCAACCUCUUGUUCCAAGACGGCUCCCACGGCUAUACUUGAUGCGUCAGUGCUCAGGCGAAGCUUCGCGUUUGGCUCGGGGUGUGCCGACUGCGCCGUGUCGGCCAAACCGUCCCGACGCGCGGAAAACUUCUCGGGUAUCAUCCGUCCAAGCAAUCGUCCCGUCUCGCUUUUUAAUUUGUGCGGCCAAAUUGUACAACGGCGCUUGAAGACGAGCUGCAUCGGUUUGCAUGUUUUUUAGCGUUUUGGGAACCCCUGGCUGCUCUUAUCAUACAUUGCUAGCGGGACUGCCUUAGAUAAACACGAUAUGUUUAUUUGAUACACUCAACUGAAUUUAAAGUCAUUCUCGUUACAAUUAUGGAAGAAAUUACAAUGCUGCAGUCAAUGUUAAAUAUCUUGAACAGUAAUAGUCCCAUGAAAAAAACCAUAGUUGAAAUAUUACCAGUUUUGCUUAGUAAUUUUGACUUAAAUAAGGAAUCUAGUGUGUAUCAACUGAUCCUCGAUAAUGCACAUAAUGUUUGUAAUCAGUUAAUAAAUAAUCAAAAUGAAAAGAAUUCAGAAAUAUUAUCCGAAAAUCUUAAAUCUUUAUUUAUUGCUCUAACUGAUGUAAUUCAAAAUUGCAAUAUUAAUGAUAUUGUACUUCUUUUAGAACACUGUAUUCAGCUGAGUGUUAAUGAUGGUUUUAAAUCAUAUAACCAUAAACAAUUUGAAAAUAGUUCUUUUUGUGUUCAAAAGUUGUACAAUUUGUGUAGGGCUCGGGUAGAAGAUAAUGAAAAUCUCGCUGGAUUAAGAAGUAUACUGAUUGAUAUUAUAAUUAAUGAAUCAAAUAUGAAAAAAACUCAAAUAGACAGUGUUUCUACGUUUUUAAAUAACAUCAUGUCUACUGAUUACAUGAUUACGUUGUGGCAAAAAAUAAAACAUAUAAUUUUAUCUUAUCCUGAUCGCGUUAUAACCGUAUUGUAUAAUUUGCAGUGUUUUUUACUAGAUCCCACUUGUGCUAGUGUUGUUUUGAGCGAUAGCGAUUAUUGGAAUUUAAUUUGUGGCCUAUUGAUUCAUGAUAAUACUGUUGUUAGAGGUUAUACCAAUGCGGUUUUGAAAGCUUCGUGUACUAAAUUUUUAAGUACAAACUGUUUAUAUCAUCCACAUGUGAGCAAAGAUGAGUACAUGUUAUUGUGGAAUGACUACGUUGUUGUAAUGGAAACAUUAGAAAACUCUCAACAACAUUUGGUUUUACCGGUUCUGAACACUUCCAAGAUACUUGCAUUGUCCAACACCACUAAUGAAAAUCAAAAUGUUGUUUAUAAGAUACCGUUAAACUGGAUUACAGUGAUGCAAUGUAAAAUGUCAAGACAUCAGUCGAAGCAUGUUGUUUUGGCAAGUAUAGAUAUUGUUACAAAUUUAGCUCCAUCGACGCUGAUCGAAGACGAACGAUUAAUGAAAUCAUUUGUGAUUUCUUUGAAUAACGUUUUUUUGUACAAAAUGUCUAAUGAAAUUCAAGUCGAUCAACCAGACAUGGAAAUUAUACUUACAAAUUGGUUUGACAGAUUGACCGUGUCUAGUGAUGGCAUACAUGUUAUUGAUUUGUUUUUAUCAUAUGUACCAAUUGUCCAGUGGUCACCGGUACCUUUGGUUUUUGUAACUAAGUCGCUUGCCAAUAUGUCAGUUGUUUCACCUUGUGAGAACUUCAACAGUCGCGUUUUGAAAAUAAUAGAUAUCUCUCAGAAUAUAUCAAACUCAUAUCUGAAAGCUUCUAUUCAAUGGUUUUUAUUUUUAUUUGUUAGCAAGUUUAUCUCUAUUCCUAGCACACGGAUAUCUUGUGAUCUGUUCAAAUAUAACAUAAUACAUCGCAAAGGCACUAAAUCGUGUAAUUUUAUAAUUGAUACUUUUAAGAAAAUUAGCAAUGUGACUGAGCUUGACCAACAAUUGACGCAGCAAGUGAUAACUUUUAAAAGCAUAUCUGCAACAACAGUUGGAUUAGUAAUUUUGUCGGAUGUCUACAAUGAUAAGAUUGACAGUGUACAACGUUUAAAUCAAACAUUGCACAACUGUGAAACUGUAACUAUGCGAGUAUUGAAGUUCCUGGAUUGCUUGAUGGAAAGGGAAAGUACUCAUCGGGGCUGUGACGAUAAUUUGAGUAAGGUGUUGGACGAAAACGUUUGGCGUCUCACAUCACUUUGGGUCGACCAGUGUUUUGCUGGAGAAGAAUUUGAAGACCAAAUUGUUUCCGACUAUCUGGAUAAAACUUUGUCUUUGAACAGAAUACCGUAUACUGCAAGGACCGUGGAUUUAAUGAAUUCUUGGCUGAUCAAAUGCACGUACAUGUUAACUAACAAUUUGGGCAGUUACGCUGUUUUAGCUAUUUUCAGUUUGAUCGGUAAAUAUGCAGAAAAGUGUCCAUCAGGAGACCAAUUACUAAACGCAUGGGUUAUGUCGACUAACAGUUUCAUAGAUGACGGUUAUUUUUCAAACAGAAAAAAACAUUUUUAUCAUUCGAGAAAACCUGGGUCGCAUACAAUUCCACAAUUAGAAAUAGUCAGCACUUAUGUCCAGCAUUGCAAUUCAGUAUCACAAACUAAAAUACUAGACUUAUUUCAAUGGAUUAUGGAUAAAACAGUGGAGAAUCGGGAUUUUUUUUGGUGUUCUUAUCUGUCGGCUGCUUCGAUUUGUUUAAGUAAAUAUCCAGUCCAAAAACAUUGCAAACAAGUAGUCCAGUUCGUAGAGGUUUGCUGGGAUUUUUUAACUACCUGCAGGAUAUCCUGUUUUCCGAAUAGUAUUAGAGGUUUCAUUCAAUUGGCGUUUCAAGACUAUCUGUUAGUAGAAAAUGAAUAUACAAAUUUCAUUAAAAAUCAGAUAUUCCGACAACUUUUAUCGGACCAGUAUCGACACCAAUUUUGUGUUUGUUUCUCUACGUUAUUUUUAGAUGAUAUAAUUAACGGGAAGAUAAGAAUAACUGAAUAUUCUAAUUUAUAUUCAGCUGCCACAGAAUUAUUUGCAAAUUUUAUUAUGUAUGGUACAGAGCGAUAUGGGGCCAUUAAAAUUGAAUGGGAUACCCUUGAAUAUGUUAGAACGCUGAAAGAUUUUGAAAUCUCCAAUGAUAUUAUCUCGGAUAAGAACAUACCUGACGACCGACGUUUACGUUUUAAUACAAUCAAAUGUUUGUUUAAAAUAAAUUGCAACCAGAUGUGGAACGAUGUUAUAAAUAUUGUUAUACAAUUAGAAACAUCAUUACGGGAUAGGAAAUAUUUUCAUAAUUCUAAAGCCUACAAGAUUAAACAAAGAAUUUCUCAGUUUUUGCUUAUUGCUGUUAGCAAUAAUCAAGAGCUUUGUUCUAUACUAAAUGAUACUGUGUACAUAUGGUUGCUUUCAAGUCUAAAAGAAGUAUCUCAUAUUCACAGUGUAGCUUAUCAAAUUAUAUGGUUGUUGGUUCUAACAUACAAUAAUACACAUAUAUCUACGGACCUAUGGAAUGAUUUUAAAAAUGCCCAAGAAAACCAAAACUACUUGUGUAGCUUCAUAUCAAUAAUUUAUCAUUUGCAUAAAAUACAUAAUGACCACCAAUUUGCAAAUCAAGCUAUUUAUUAUCUGUUGCCAUUAUGCUUUUCAAAUGGAUAUAAAAUACGAUUUUAUGCACAAUCGACAGUAUGUAAAUUAUGUUCAAACAAGUCUAAUGAAUGGUCAAUUGUAUGCAAAGCAAUGGAAAAAACAAUGGUUGAAAAUGAACAAACAAAAAAUUAUGAGAAUCCUUUUAAAGAUUUUUUUUUUCAAAAUGUUGACAUGUUGAACUCUUUAUCGCUCAAAAAUAUUUGUAUAGAAUUACCACGAUUAAGUAAUAUAGUUUAUGAAGAAAGGUUUCCACAAGAGUGGUUUAGUGACUUUCCGGUGAAUAUUGAUGGCGAUAAGAAUUAUGACUUAACAACUUGUUCUUUAUCAUCUUACAUUAGAGAAAAAACUAUUCCAGUUAUAGUAUCAAAUGAAUUAACUAUUACGGAAAAUACUCAUCAUGCUCAACGAAAAUAUAUACCAUCUCAUCCUCAAGAUGGUAAAAGAAACAAGUCGGCCUUAAUAGUAGUUGCUUCUCUUAUAGAUAAGAUAACAAAUUUAGGUGGCUUGGCUAGAACAAGUCAAGUUUUUGGAGCUUCAACUUUAGUUGUUGACAACUUAACUUGUGUCGAAAAGAGAGAAUUUACAGCAUUAAGCAUGACUGCUGAAAAACAUUUAGACAUUGUCGAGGUUAGAAUAAAAAAUCUUAAAACCUAUCUACAAAAACUCAAAAAUGAAGGAUACCAAGUUAUUGCUGCUGAACAAACGGUUAAUAGUGUACAGUUGCACGAGGCGAAAUUGUCGUAUAAAUGUGUUCUUGUUCUCGGGAACGAGACAUCGGGCAUGCCACACGAUUUGCUGUCUAUGAUGGACACGUGCGUAGAGAUCAAACAAUUGGGCAUAGUUAGAUCAUUAAAUGUACACGUAGCUGGGUCGCUAUUUAUCUGGGAAUACACUAAACAGCAUUGUCUAGAUCCUAUAAAUUGAUGUUUCCCUGUAUUGUUGUUUAUAAAUUAAAAAUAAAGAGUCUGUAUAAACUACAACCGUCUUUAUUAGGAGUACUUUUAUAAACGGUGUUAUUAAAAUGAUUAAUAACUACAUAUUAUUAUUAUUACACCAGUGCCGGAUCCAAAGAUGGGUGAUCACCUGCCUCCCCCUUUUCAUUAGCCGCCUAUA